UUAUAAUUUGAGCAAUCACCCUCUUUCAUAUGGAUUCCGCUCCUGUGGGUGAUCUCUUGCUUCAAAUUCCCCGCAUUUUGGGAAAUCUGCUGCGACUGUGAGAGUAGGAGAAGGUGGGUUUCGGGAGACGGAAUCAGCUAUAACCAAUAGCAUCUGCCGCCGCACGUCGAGAAAGAAGAAGGCCGGCGACAGUAGCCACCAUUCGCCGUCUCAAGCACAUCAGCAACCUUCGCCGAAUCCGGCGAGCAGAAAGGCGAAUUCUUGAAGGAAAUAGAUUGAGGAGAACUGGUUCAGUAGCACCUGCUUUUUGGGUUCUGAUUUUUGGGGUGAAAUGUUUGCACAUAGCCAAUCAGUAUUUUGGAAAGGCAGAAACAAUGGCUGAGAGGCAAGCUCUGGAUCAGCAACCUCAACCGCAGCAACAAGAGCCACAAUCACCAUCGCAGCAGCAAUCUCCUCCAAGGGAAGACAACAUGAUAGCUUGUGUCAUGGCUUUAGAGGCUGCUUUGCUUCCUUGCUUGCCCGCCAGAGAGCUCCAAGCUAUUGACCGCUCUCCCCAUCCUUCUCAUCAGAUUGAUGUGGAGAGGUUCUCGAGAGAAUUCAUGAAGGCUGCUAAGAAGCUUCAACUUUAUUUCAUCAAUCUCCAACGUGAAGACCAGCCGACUGAAACUGAAUCGUUGAGAAAGGAAAUUGCUGUUAUGGAGGAAGAGUUAAAGACGAAGGACGAGCUUAUCAAGAAGCAAGAGAAACUAAUCCAAGGAUGGCAGGAAGAACUCAAAGAUCAGUUGGAGAAGCAUAAGAUGGAACUGGAGAGAGUAUAGACAUAGUAAUGAAUGAACUCUUAACAUUUGUAAUGGCUACCAGUCAGUCUGUCACUACUGAAAAUGUUUUGUUCUUCUCAUCUCUGGAACUAGAAGCUUUCAUCUUUUUGUAGGCCGGAAGCUCCAGUUGUUUCUUUGCCUACUUGAUCUCAGAUGCUAAUAUAAUUUAGUUUGAUUUUGAUUCUCAAAUUGGU